ACCGAGCUCGCCAUUCACACUCUCCCAAAUUGGAGCUCAGGGACCGCAGCUUCCGCUUCUGCAUUUCGAAGAUCUCUAACUCCCGCAUUCAUUCGGAGUAAUACAGUCCAGAUCUUAGCUCACAGGUUCAAGUUCCUUGGAUUUUGAUUUGAGCAUUUCGUAAUGGGUGAUGCGUUAGCUGGUGAUGUGCCAUUAGAUUCUGCUUCGAUUCAGAUUUUUCCCAACCAAAACAGAUAUGAAGCAUUUGUUUGUAGGGAGGAACAAGUGGAGAAAGUGGCAGGAGGGCUUUUGGAAUACUUGUUGCCACAUUUACCUGGAAUAAAUGAUCUGUGUGCAAAGGGAUUGGAUGCAAGCUUUGAGCUGAAGUCACCAAAAAAUCUGCAUGAUGUUGAAUGGUUUACUAAAGCAACUGUUAAAAGAUUCCUUGAUGUUGUUGGCUCACCUGAUUUGAUAGACACUAUCAAUGCUAUCAUAAAUGAGAUGUCUCAGCUGGAGGACUCAAAAAAUUUCCAUCUUUCUUUAUAUGGAAAGGACCAGAAGCAUCAUCCUGAAGGUGAGGAAAAAGGUGAUUUUUCAAUUCUUGAUGGCCACAGUUCAACUGACAUGACACCAUCCUCCGAAGUUCAAGUUAACACUACAGCAUCUGAUGCUUCAAAGAAUGAGCUACUGCGAGCAAUGGACCUGAGGUUCUCAGCAUUAAGCAAGGAGUUAGCAACAACUUUUAACAAGGCUACCAAUUCCACCUCCUCCCCCAAAGAUAUCAGUGAUUUAGCAGAGUUUUGUCAACAAUUUGCAGCCACUAAUAUUGGGAACUCUUUGAGUAAGCUUAUAGAAUUGAACCAAAAGAGCCAGGAUGUUGGUCCGCUGCACAAUGAACCAGCUUUCUCUUCAUGCAACGCGACAGAUGAUUCUACCAGGGUUGUAAAAAAUUCUCAGAUUUCCAAGCCAGUGCACCAAGAAACACCAGUUAAGUAUGGUGUUUCGCCAGCUAAAGUUGCUCAAAUUGAGAGACAGAGUUCAUCAGAAAGUGAAGAAUCAUCUCACUCUAGUGAUGAAGGUCAGGCAUCUGCUGAAAGAAGUCGGUCUCUCACAAGAUCUGCAACACCCAGAAGGUCAGCAUCCCCAAUGAGGAGAAUACAAAUAGGAAGAACUGGACCCCGAAGGGCUGCUGCAUUGACCAUCAAGAGUCUUAAUUUUAUCCCUGCGAGAGAAAGGGCAACAUCGUAUAGAGAUGCUGCUACAAAUGGCUCUGAAGAGGAAAUAUCUGAAAAAUCUUAUAAGAAGCCGGAGAUUGAUGUGAGGAGGAUAACUGUGCAAGAUGCCAUCAAUCUAUUUGAAAGCAAGCAGAGGGAUCACGCUACAGACAUUCAGACUAGGAGGUCAAUGACAGAUGCCUCUAUCAAUACAAAUAAAUCUGUAUUAAGAAGAUGGAGUUCAGGCAUGGGGGAAAACUCCAUCCAGUGCCAGCCACAAAACGAUUCUGAAGAUUCUGUUUCUGCAACUUCCAAUGACAUGGCAGAUGUUAAGAACCCAAAAAGUGUAGAGGGAGAAGUGGUGUCUGAUUUUGUGUCUGAAAGUCAUAAUUAUAAUGAGGUCACUGAAAACAAUGUAAAACCAGAAAGAGAGGAAAAUAUUAGGUCUAACACAGUUGAUAACCAAGCAGAAACAAAUCCAGACCUUGGAAAGGAAACCAGAAAGUGGGCCGCAUCAGCAGAAUGGAAUCAACAAAAGCAAGCAGAGUAUAACGAGAUUCUUAUGAAAAUGAUGGAAAGUAAGUCUGUAAAAUUUGGCAAGUCCCAGCCUAGUAAAAAUCAGAAUAUUCCAAGUGAACAAAGAGGAGGAUCUUAUGAUGAUUACAAGGAGAAAAGAGAUGCUAAACUUCAAGGAGGGAAUACCAGUAAAAAAGUUGAAAAGGAGGCACAGUUUCGAGCUGUGCAGCAGAUACUGGAUAAGAAAAAAGCUGAAAUGCUGUCCAAUAGUGGGAAUGGAACUAAAAAAAAUACAACACGGAAGCCUCAGAAGUCCCUCAGGAAUCCAACUCAACCUGCAAAUUCCUCAAAGGAAGCCUCCAAGCCUGCAGUUACCAAAAAGGUGUCAUCUAAAGCAUCACCAUUGCCUGCUACCCGUAAGUCUUGGUCAGCAACACCUUCACCAAGGGUUGCUGCAACUUCCCCUGCUAAAGUUCGGGGUGGAGUUUCUUCAGCUAGCACCACCCCAACACGUCGAAAGCCACAGUCAGCAGCAUCUGUUCCUCAACCAAGUCCACAAAAGGAAAGAACUCAGCCACGAAUUAGAAAGGAGAAAGAAACCCAAACUAAUAAUGUUAGGAGCCUCAAAAGCAAAAAUGAAAAACAGCAGGCAGCAAUCUCAAACAAGAGUAAGGAAAUGAAAGAAAAAGUGACAAGUGCUUCUCUAGAUUCUUCCACUCCUUCGAAGAUUAGCUUAACCAACAAGGGAACCAAGAAAAGCAGUGUAGUGCCGGUGGAAUCGAAACCCUUUUUGCGGAAGGGUUCAAGGACUGGACAUAGCACUGCUAUUACUAGCAAGAAAAAGAUUUCUCCUAAGCCUGAGGAAUCUCCUAGAGACAAUGGGGUUCCAAUUGAAGCUCAAGAAACCGAUUUGGUUGCAAAUACUUCUGAUUUGCUCAGUCAGCAUUCGGACAGGGAUUCAGUGACACCUAAUAAUCAGAAUGCUGUUCUAGAACCGGAAUGUCAGAUAAAUAAUCACUUGCAAUCUGGGGAAACAGAUAAUGUAGACGAAGUACCUACCGAAGUUGGUGAUGUCUCGACAAAUGUGGAAUGGUCUUCAUUGAAGAUGAAUACUGAAGAAGAAUCAACCAUACCCCCUACUGCUUGGGAGGAAAUAGAAGAGCAUCUAGAACUGCCGAAGACGUGUGAGGAUGGCUCAUUUCAACCUGCAUCUCCGGCCAAUAUUGUUCCAGCAGGAUUAGCUAGUCCUCGAGUUCGCCAUUCUCUAUCCCAGAUGCUGCAAGAGGAAAGUAGUGAACCUGACACUUGUGAGUGGGGAAAUGCUGAGAAUCCUCCUGCCAUGAUAUACCAAAAGGAUGCACCAAAAGGAUUGAAAAGACUCCUGAAAUUUGCUCGAAAGAGCAAGGGGGAUACAAAUUCCACUGGCUGGUCUAGCCCAUCCGUCUUUUCUGAAGGAGAGGAUGAUGCUGAGGAAUCUAAAAAUGGUACAAAAAGAAAUGCUGAAAAUCUACUGAGAAAGGCUGCACUGCAUGCUAAAAGUUAUGGGCAACCAAAGAGUUCAUUACAUGAAGGCUACGACAAAAAUUUAGCUUUAAGCAAACUCGAUGGCAAGGUCCCUCACAAGAUGCAAGGAGGCCGGGAUUUUGGUGCUGGUCCUACUACAAAAGGGUCAAGAUCAUUCUUCUCUCUUUCAGCUUUCAGGGGAGGUAAACCCGCUGAGGCAAAGUUUCAUUGAUGCUAUGGAUAGCCUUAAGGAUAAAGAUAAUCUCUAUCAUCAUCACAGGACCUGUUCAUAGCAAAUUUAGUACCAAGUUUUCCCUAAAUUCCUGCUUGGUGUUGCAUCAAAACACGCACAAAUCAGGAAUGGUUUUCCAUAUUUCGUUCAGCGGGUUGAUAGUGAUCAAUUGGGUUGGGUCGAAGGUUGUAAAUUGUGUCCUUGUACCAUUGUAGCAUCACCUUCUCAUAGAAAUAAUAUCCUGUUUCUCCAAUCCACGGGGUAUUCUCCAAUAGUUAGAUCCAAUGUUGACCCAAAUGCUCAUGAAUCAUAUAAUGCGGUGGCUUCAUACGUUGGAAUUAUGGCUUAUUGUGGAUAAGUUGACUGCUACAAUUAGUCUAUUAUCAGAUUAGUGACUAGUGAUGAUGUAAAUGCAACCCUUUAACCCAAGUCAAUAAAAACUAUCACAGAAGUCUUUGCA